CAGUGGUUGUGUCGUGUUUACUGUUAUGUGUCGUGUUGUAAAAUGUGAAAAAAGGCAAAUCUAAAAACAACACAAGUACCAGUACCAGCUGGUUCUGUUCUGGCAGCUUGAUUUGGGUUUAGUAAUUAGGUUAAAGAAUCUGUAGUAUUUUUAUUAAUGAUAUUGUGGGCAUAUUGAGGCAAAUAUAAUAGAUUUCUUGUCGUGAUAGUGGAAUUAAAUUCCUCAUCCAUGACACCAAAACUGCAAAUAUCCCAGAGCGUGUUGUCAAGGCUGGGAGAUGUCGGGAAACAACAAGAGGGUGCUGUGUACGGCACCAUGUACGACAACAGUCUGCUGGUCCUCGGGCUCAGUGUCGGGGCAGCGGGAACUGGGGCGGACCAGUACGCCCGACUACAGACCCAUCUGCCCACCGAAGUAGACUUCUGUGGAGUAGUCAUCUUCACCGAUGAUACUGACGACGAUCACGUCUCACCCGCCACGCUGGACACCUUAAAGGAGGUCCUGGUGACAGAUAACCCACUGGUGAUGAAGAGAGCCAUCAACUCCGGGACUCUCAGAGCCUACUUCUACUACAACGACCGGCUGGCCGAGGCACAAUACCAGGUGCUUACUGAGACUGAACUGUGUCAGAGGUUCGCCCAUGUGCGCCUGCGUGCGCGGGUUCCUCUGGUCUGCGACCCGGACCCACUGAGCGUGCAAGAGGCCAUCAACAAUCUACAGAAAUCAGUAUCGUCGGGGAAUGUAGCCUUCCAUAUAACCAGGACCAAGAUGUACCUGUUUGGCACUGAGAUGGUGGACUCCAGUCCAGCCGUCAGCCAGCUGCUCGACACUCUCAAGAUUUCUCCUGGCACAUCACUGGAGAAUUCAGACGUUAUAAACGUAACAAUGCUGGAGAAGGCCACAAGAGAUGCUCUCAGUGAAGACACAACCCGACUAGCUCCUGUCAUCCAUCAUCUCAAAUGUGCCAGACACUGUGUGAGCCUGACGUUGCCGGUGGAUCACAUGGCCCUGGUCCACGUGGAGCGCAAGGUGGCAGAACUGUACAACGUGCUGGUGGACACGCUCUGCCGUUCGCUCAGGAUUCUGGAGCGGUGUCUGAGUGGCCGGGAGCAAGUCAGCGUACCUCGAGCAUUCCACUUCCUGCCUCCCGUCGGCCACUUCUUCACUCUCGUAUACCCUGCAGAUAGCACUGACAAAGAUUUGGAGAGAAUUCGAGAUGGUGUCCACAAAGAGCUUAACCUGCCACAAGACAGGCCGAUGUUUCGGAGAGGCAAUGCUCAUGUGUUCAGGGAUGACAUUCCAGCAAACGCUCCACUCAUCAAUCCACAUGAGACCUUGAAGUGUCCAGUGAAAGACGGGCAAGUGAGUUUGGUGUAUGGACGGUACAGCUACCACCAUUACCUGCAGGAUGGCCAACAGGACGAUGGCUGGGGAUGUGCAUAUCGUAGUCUCCAAACAAUCGUCUCGUGGUUCCGUCACCAAGGUUACACAGACCGGCCGAUCCCCACGCACAAAGAGAUACAGCAGUGUUUGGUCGACAUAAAAGACAAGAAAGCCAGCUUCGUCGGCAGCAAGCAGUGGAUCGGGUCAACAGAGCUCAGCUACUGUCUGGACACCAUGCUGGGCGUGUCGUGUCGUAUACUGAACUUGAGUUGUGGCUCCGAGUUGGUAGACCUGGCUCCCGAGCUGGCUCGCCACUUCAUCGUCCAUGGCACACCUGUCAUGAUAGGAGGGGGAGUGCUGGCGCACACGAUCAUAGGAGUGGCAUUCAACCAAGAGAGCGAGGAAGUGCGGUAUCUCGUGUUAGACCCUCACUACACCGGCGCAGACCACCUCCAGACCAUUCACUCCAAGGGCUGGGUCGGCUGGAAGAAGCCGGAUUUCUGGACCAAGGGAGACUUCUACAACCUGUGCCUGCCCCUCCGCCCCUCCUGCUUCUAGCCUCACCUACCAAAUUAUUUUUAUAUCAGAUGGUUGUAAACAAUCACAAACCUAUUGUAUAUGGUAAUAAAGUUCAUUAUUUUUG